AUGAUCGGGUCUAGUUAUCCGGAGCUGCUUCUUAAGGGCAUAAUGUCGCGCUUCCUACAAACGCUACGGCAAGCCAUUGGCUUACCCAGGGCUACUAAUCCAAUUUCUCGCUCUCAGUCUAUUGACACAAACUUCAACAUCUUUCAAGCCGGAGACUGGGCUAUCUUCCAUGUCAAAACGCCCAUCUUGAAAAAAUUGAAGAAGGGCGGGAAGACAAAUCUUCGCCGGGGACAUGUUAACCAUGACGACGUGAUUGGGCGCCGGGUAUUUGAUACUGUGCCGGCCCACAAAGGUCCCGAUACGCGAUUGAGCCUGCCAACACUCGAAGAAUAUGUUACUCUCACUCCUCGUCUUGUAACACCGAUAUACUCCCACGAUGCGAACUUGAUCGUCUCUCUCCUCGAUAUCCAUGCCGAUGUUCCCGCCGCAGGCGAGCAACAACCACAUCUGGAAAUACUUGAGUCUGGCACAGGCCACGGCUCGUUGACAUUGCAUUUGGCACGUGCUAUUCACGCUGCGAACAGUGUACCUCCAUCCCGCCCGCAACGCUCGCAGAUUCGGCAUGUCAAAGAUCGAAACGCAAAGCCUGGCAAGGAAGAGUCGCCGAAGGAUAAUGAGGCUGCGACUGACCAGGUACAGCAAGAGUGGGAUGAAUGGCGGGCGGAGCGCAAUGCUGUCAUCCACACUGUUGAUGUCUCCGGGAAAUACUCUGCGCUAGCUGAGGGGAACGUGAAUGGGUUCCGGCGUGGAAUCUAUGCUGGUGAUGUGGACUUCUACGUUGGUGCUGUUGAAGACUGGAUUUCCGAGCAGAAGGAUCAUCGUAAGAAGAGCCUGGGUACUUUGUCUAAAGUAUUUGGUGGAGAGGAGUCUGUUGAUCCAUUCUUGGAUCAUGUUAUAUUGGACAUGCCCUCUGCUCAUAAGAGGAUACCCAGUUUGCCUCCUCUGAUGAAAAGGGAUGCAAAACUCGUCGUGUUCAUGCCAAGUAUCACUCAGAUAGGUGAUUGCAUAGAAUUGAUCCAUAAAUUGAGGCUGCCCUUUAUUUCAGAGAGGGUGGUUGAGCUCGGCACUGGACUGACUAGUGGACGGCACUGGGAUGUUCGCUUGACUGUUAAGAAGUCUGCUGCUGAUCCUUCGUCUUGGUCGGAGGCACAGGUUGAUUCCGAGCUAUCCGAGGGAGACGUGGAAGAUAUUCCUGUUCCGGAUGAGCCAGUCAAAGAAGAUCCAGCCAAGGAAGAGCCAGUCAAGGAAAUGGUCAUGGUGUGUCGGCCAAAGGUUGGGCUGAAAACAAUGGGUGGAGGCUUCGUUGGUGUGUUCCGAAGGAUAGAAGAUGGCGCACGAUGA